AUGAAAGGGUUUUCGUUCGCUGUUUUUCUGACAAGUGCUUUUGCUGGAAAAAUCGUGAAGUGCAACAAUGUCAUAAUCUUUUUGGAAGAAAAUGGAAUCAGAGCCGAGAAUCGGGUUCAUCGACGAAUUUCUCUUUUCAAAUCACAGCUUUUUCCUCUUGUCAAAGAUCGGGCUUCAAGCUGCAGUCCGGAGUUACAGAGUCGGAUGGAUGAAAUGGAGGAAGCAGAAGAACUUGAUGAUGUCGGGCACAGAAUGACAUUCGAAACCGUUGGCAACAAGAUUUCCUUGUGCGCCGAUUUGUGGGAUGAGUACAUUCAGCGAAAACUGCCAUUUGACGUGUGCCCAAAAGCGAAUAACAAAGCGAAUCGAAAACUUCGCCGAUUCACGAGCCAACUGCUCCGAGGUUCUCACAAAGCGCAUGUGAGAACUGUUCUGGAAAGUUGA